CGUCCACGGGGGCGGGCACUUCCGGGGGAGCCUGCAGGGAACGUCGGGGCUCCUUCCUGAGCUGCAGCGUCGGAUCUCUGCUUUUGGCCCGGCUCGGACCCCUCUCCAGCUCCACUCCACCGUGGGUUCGGUGGAGCCUGCCUCGGGGUGUCCAUGGCAGCAGGCGCCGAGCCCAGCGCUCGCGGGAACCUUGCGGCCGGAGCUGGAGGGGAGGAAGGUGUACAUGUCAAACCUUUUACUCCAGAAAAAGCAAAAGAAAUUAUAAUGGCUUUACAACAACCUGCAGUAUUCUGUAACAUGGUUUCUGAUUGGCCAGCGCGACACUGGAACGCUCAACACCUUUCUAAGGUCCUUCAUGGCAAGCAGAUACAAUUCAGAAUGGGGAUGAGAAACACAGACACAGUUCCUCAGUUUGAAACGACAUGCAGUUAUGUCGAAGCUACACUUGAAGAGUUUCUGGCCUGGAACAGUGACCAGUCUAGUAUUUCUGGACCAUUUAGUGAUUAUGAUCAUUCCAAAUUCUGGGCCUAUGCGGACUAUAAAUAUUUUAUCAGUCUAUUUGAAGAUAAUACGAAUGUUUUCCAGGAUGUGAUGUGGUCCGACUUCGGGUUUCCUGGAAGAAAUGGACAAGAAAGUACGUUGUGGAUUGGCUCUCUGGGAGCCCAUACGCCCUGCCAUCUGGAUUCCUAUGGUUGCAAUUUAGUGCUCCAGGUGCAAGGAAGGAAAAGAUGGCAUCUUUUUCCUCCCGAAGAUACUCCUUUCCUCUACCCAACUAGAAUCCCUUAUGAAGAAUCUAGCGUGUUCAGUAAAAUUAAUGUUGUCAAUCCUGAUUUAAAGCGUUUUCCUCAGUUCCGGAAAGCUCAGAGACGUACGGUUACGCUGAACCCAGGACAGGUUCUGUUUGUUCCCAGGCACUGGUGGCAUUAUGUGGAAUCCAUCGAUCCUGUCACUGUCAGUAUAAAUUCAUGGAUUGAGCUGGAAGAGGACCACUUCGCCCGGGUGGAAGAGGCAAUCACCCGCACGCUUGUGUGUGCCCUGAAGACCGCAGAGGAUCCGCACAAUACCAGGGCUUGGCUGAACCCAACUGAGGUCGAGGAAACAUCUCAUGACGUCAAUUGUCGCUACUUAAAUGGAGCAGUUUCUGCUUUCUUUGAUCACUACAGAACAUCUAACGUAGUAGAAACCUCAGCUCUGCAAACAAACACGGAACACGCGAGAAAGGAAGGACUGAAUGUGUGCGACCACUGGGAGGGGGGACGAACACGUGGCCAGAGCGUAACCAUGGGAGCAGCAAGUGCCUUUGGCCCUGAUCUGGUUCCUGUAACACCUUCGGAAAGAGAAGGCAUCUGUGAAAGUGAUGGUCAAGACUUUGUCGACAGAGAUGGAGAACACUUCGGAAAAUCACAUCAAGCCGAGAAGCAACAAACGAUAAGCAAAAGCGAGAAUGCAGUUGUGAAACAGAUUGCAUACAGUAACGCCACGGCCCCUUCUCAGUCACUCAUUUCUACAGACGACUUGCUCGACUGCCUGGUGAACCCACAGGUGACCAGGAUGGUGGCACAACUUCUGAUACAAGGAAGAAAUGUGUGAUUCUUACAGACUGUGACUUUUUAAAUAAUACUUUAAACAUUUAUUUUUUUAAAUACAGUAUAAUUUUAAAAUAAAAGUUGGACCAAUGAAAGGUCAAUUUGCA